AAUAAUGCGAAAAACCAAAAUGACUGCCUAAUUUGAACUGUCAAAUUACCGAGAAAGCACGAACAAAAGGGAAUAAAUUAAACCCACUUAGCAGUAAAUGUAUGAAGUGAACGCGAAAAGGUGUUCAAUGCUAAAAUACUGUGGAUGGCUUGCCGGUGUUGGACCGGCCAGAGUUAUUUUUUAAAGAGCGGCCGAAGGCCGCCAAUGCAGAAAUGAAUGAAAUGCUAAAAUACUGACUUAUAGUUUUAAAGAUAUUUGCAUUUAAAGUUAAAAAAUUGGCAACUUUUACAUUGAUAAUUUGUAUAUUGUGAAUAACUUUUUCACUUAUAUUAUGCACUUUUCACUUACUAAUACUUCAAUAUAACGUUUCUGUUUAUUAAUAUUAAAAGUACUUACAAAAAUGUUGGCUGGGUUGCAUUGUUUUCAGUUUGCAUGGAAGAAUGAGCAAAAACACUGAUUUUUGGUAAUUUUCAAAGGACUCCCUACAGGUCUAUAGGGGCUCUAGGGGGUCGAGGGUGGGUUUAUUAAAAAGUUCUACCCUUCCUCUUUCCAAUAAGGGGGGCGGGGGUUGGCUACCCCCCUUCUAUAAACGAUACUUAACCGGCGCGAUACUAAAUAUUUCCCUAUACAUAAACCACUGUGCGCGAAAUCGUGAAGGAAAAAAACAAAGAAAUAUUUUCGUAAACGUCAAAUUAUUAUCAUCGAAAUACUAGCAUUGUUUGUCACUUUUGGGAAAAUUCUAAACGCGGAAGCACAUAAGUAGACUUUUUGUUUUCGACUUUAAUGUCUGUAGUUCUGCUCAAAUAUUUCUGAUACUACUGAAAAAUAUUUAAAAUAUAAUCUUCUCCAUCCAAGCUCCUACUUCUAGAAGAUUAUGUGUUCUUUUCUAAUACUGAUCUAAUUUCUUGAUCGUUAUAUUUUAAAAAUUAUCUGAGCGCAACAUCGAGUACGACUAUGGAUCUACCUACGUUUCAACAAUUAAAUAUUCGCAUGAGUACACAUGGUAAGCGGCCAUUGCGCAAUCUAACACCUAACGACAAAAUUCGGGCUAUUCAACGUAUUCAUCAAGGGGAGACCAAAGCCUCUGUUUCAAGGGACAUUGGAGUGCCAGAGUCAACACUUCGAGGCUGGUGUAAAAAUGAACAUAAGCUUCGUUUUAUGUGUAGCCAGAUGAAUGAAAAAAAUGAAAUCGAGGUAAUUCCGAUUUACAAACUAGACAAUUUUCAACCAGCUGCGAAAAGAUAUAAAUUGGAUGGAAGGGAUUCUUUUAACUCGGCCAUUAAUAUUGAGAAUUUGAUCGAAUUCAAAGGAAAGUCCAAUUUGAAGAAUAUCCACUUUGAUAUCAACGAUAACAACUAUGAAAACGCGUUACUUGAAGAAACCUUAAGCGAUUUUCUAAGAAAUAAGUCUUUGCCAGAUUCGAACGAAAUUAUGAAGCAAAAGUUGGUGAUUAAAAGCAAUAAAAUUUCACCUGGCUUGUGUUCAAUAGGCCAGACUUUAUCAUCCAUUAGUACAUCAAUGAAUUACAAAGAAUAUCAUUUUAGUCCUUACAAUUUAAAUUAUUAUUCAAAGUUAAACUCUAGUGUUAUGUCAGCGAAAUCUAGUGUAGUUAGUUCCAGUUUUGAACGUAGCAAACCAAAACACCAACAUGCUAUUAAUAAAAAUAUUGACAAAUCGGCUUUUACAGAGCCUUUUAAUGAAGAUAAUGAAUCAAUUACAUACAACAAGUGGUUCAACAAAGCAAGUACUCACAAUACGGAAUGGAACGAUUAUAAUAUAUUAGGUAUUGCCAAUAGAGACGGCAUAAAUUAUGAUGGAAACAUUGUUGAUCACAAUAAUAGUAACCAGUGCAGCAAUGAAUCGAGAUUACUUCAGUGGUGUAAAGUUUUCAACGCAAGUUUGAAUUUUUUGACCUUAGCAGCCACUGCUGCUACACUACAACCAAAGCCAGUUUAUGUGCAUGGAAGUGGUGAUUCAAAAAAUUUUACAUCUCGAACAGACAUGACAGAGUGCAUUUUCGAAGCAAAAAACAACAUUCAGAGCUACAAUGAAAGUGAACCAGAAGAUCUAUCCAAAAAGGUUUCAAAAACUUCUAUGCCCAUUACAAGUCAGUCACACAGCUCCAUUUCUUCUUUCAAAGAGUUUCAGGUCGUAAACAAGGAAUUGCAAUAAGUGAAUAUAUAUAUACAUAUAUAUAAUUAAAAAUGAGCUAAUUUGACAAGUACUAUUUUGCAGAAUUUAUAUUACUAUAACUAUGUUCCUUAACUUUGCUUCUGCUUUAAAAUGUGUUAUUUAUUGUUUAAUAAAGACAUU